UCCGGGUCCCACCUCCCGAGGGAGCUGCGCAUUUCCGCGCGGCUGCAGCUCGCGUUCCGCGUCCCCGGGAAGUUGUCUCCGGAGCCCGCGGCGCCUCGGUCUCCUCCCCCUGAGUCCCGCCCCCCGCCCAGAGCUUGGAUCUGCUAGCUGCCCGGCCCGGGGGCGUCGCCAGUCGCUCUCUGAAGCCAGCAAGUCUCCGCUUCUGUGAGCGGAGCGCGCGUCUCUCGCCUGCCCGGGGACCCCCGCGCACCCCCGAGACGGCGCGCGCCCAGAGCGCGGGAGCCCGGAGCGCCGGGCGCCUGGGAGCCCGCGGAGCCGCUGCCCAGCCCGCGGGGCUCGGCAGGGAUGCAGGCUGCUCUGUGAACCCGGGCGCCAAGGCCAUGUCCGGCACCCGCUGCCGGACCCUGUACCCCUUCUCCGGGGAGAGGCAUGGUCAAGGACUGCGCUUCGCCGCGGGCGAGCUGAUCACUCUGCUGCAGGUCCCGGACGGCGGCUGGUGGGAAGGCGAGAAGGAGGACGGGGUCCGCGGCUGGUUCCCGGCGAGCUAUGUGCAGUUGCUGGAGAAGCCUGGAAUGGUACCCCCUCCGCCAGGAGAAGAAAGCCAGACUGUCGUCCUUCCACCUGGCUGGCAAAGCUACCUGUCCCCACAGGGCCGGCGCUACUAUGUCAACACGACCACCAAUGAGACCACCUGGGAACGUCCCAGCAAUUCUCCUGGGAUUCCAGCCAGCCCUGGCCCUCACAGGAGCUCUCUGCCUCCAACAGUGAAUGGAUACCACGCGUCAGGGACCCCAGCGCACCCUACAGAGACUACCCACAUGAGUCUCCGAAAAUCCACCGGUGAUUCCCAGAACCUGGGAUCCUCGUCACCAAGCAAAAAGCAGAGCAAGGAAAGCACCAUCACAGUAAACUGCGUGACGUUCCCUCACCCAGACACAAUGCCAGAACAGCAGCUGCUGAAACCAACCGAGUGGAGCUACUGUGACUAUUUCUGGGCGGAUAAGAAGGACCCCCAAGGCAACGGCACUGUGGCCGGGUUUGAACUGCUGCUUCAGAAGCAAUUGAAGGGCAAACAAAUGCAGAAGGAAAUGUCAGAAUUUAUCCGGGAAAGGAUAAAGAUUGAAGAAGAAUAUGCGAAGAACUUAGCUAAGCUCUCUCAGAACUCCUUGGCCGCACAGGAGGAAGGCUCCCUGGGAGAAGCGUGGGCCCAGGUGAAGAAGAGCCUUGCAGACGAGGCGGAAGUUCACCUCAAGUUCUCCGCCAAGCUUCACAGCGAGGUGGAGAAGCCCUUGAUGAAUUUUCGUGAGAACUUCAAGAAAGACCUGAAGAAGUGUGACCACCACAUCGCCGACCUCCGCAAGCAGCUCGCCAGCCGCUACGCUGCGGUGGAGAAGGCCCGGAAAGCCCUCACGGAGCGGCAGAGAGACCUGGAGAUGAAGACCCAGCAGCUGGAGAUCAAGCUGAGCAACAAGACAGAGGAGGACAUCAAGAAGGCCCGGAGGAAGUCCACGCAGGCCGGAGAUGACCUCAUGCGCUGUGUGGACCUCUACAAUCAGGCCCAAUCCAAGUGGUUUGAGGAGAUGGUGACCACCACACUGGAGCUGGAACGGCUGGAGGUGGAGCGCGUGGAGAUGAUCCGGCAGCAUCUGUGCCAGUACACCCAGCUGCGGCACGAAACGGACAUGUUCAACCAAAGCACAGUCGAGCCUGUGGACCAACUGCUUCGAAAAGUGGACCCAGCCAAAGACAGGGAGCUGUGGGUCAGGGAGCACAAAACGGGCAACAUCCGCCCCGUGGACAUGGAGAUCUAGACGUGCCCAGUGGCCCUGGGGGGUCCUGCCCAGAAGAGGGGCUAGGGAUCCCACGGAGAGGAAGUGGCAGCUCCUGCGUGGGGCCUGCUGCUUAGUGGAGCUGUCCUCACCCACUCUCCUGGGCCACUGAGGCGAGGGGAAAGAGCUGGUGAUUCCAGAAAGGUGACCUUGACAGCUUAGCUGGAGGUGGGGGGUCCCCAACAAUCCCUGGGCAAGAAGACAGACCCACAGCCCUCCCUUGUCUCUGAGGCCAAAGCUCCGCAUCUCCCAUGCUCUGCUUGCACCCUGAGAACAAACAGUAGGGGUCGCCAUCACAUACCUGUGUCCCUGGAAGCCCCAAGACCCUUGCUCCAGCUGGCUCCCUUGUCUGUAGGGCUUUGCAGGGUCAGGGGAGGGAGGUCUCCAUCUCCAUGCCUUGUGUUAGGAAGGCACUGGUCAGCUCGCGGCCGCACCCAGAGUCCUUUGCAGCCCUCCCUCUUUGUCUGCUCCAUUCAUCCUGGGAGCCACACCUGGCUUUGCUCAUCCACAUCCCGUCACCAGGGGUCUUGGGAGGAAGGCCUGGCUUCUGUCUUCCCAGACCAGCCCUGCCUGGAGAGGUCAGGAUGGAACUACCUCAUUCGGCAAAUCAGCCCCAAGUUGGAACGUUGAGUCACGUCUCCUAUCAGAUCAGGCCUCGUCUGUAAAGUCUCUGGAAAUCCCAAUCCACUCCUCCCUCCGCUGCUUUCCCAGGGAAGCUCCCCACCCCUCCCUGCCACCCUUUCUCAGUAUCAUUAGAGGAAGCUGCCUGUAGUUCUCAGCUAUCAAGACCCCAUCCACCUUGUCCCAAGGCUUCAGGGAUGGAAAUGAACCAGUUCGUCUUAGAGGCCAGGCAGGCAAGAAGGCCAGCUGAGGUCUGCUCUGCCAGGCCGCCCACCAAGGGCUCUUAAUGGGGCCGGAUCAGUCCCAUAUGGGAGAUAGGUCGGGGCAAGUCUUUGUGGACUCCCAGGUGGCUCCACCUGCCUGUACACAGUGGGGUCAGGACCACUGUCCCUGUUAAGUCUUUCUCUCACUGAUGGGCACUGGACAGGCUUUGCAGAUUCCUUGGUGGCUCAGUAGGUUGUCCAGCUCCUUCAGCACAUUCCAGCACCCUGCACAAUCUCUCACUUGGUACCAACACCUCCUUCCCCUCUUUCCAUCUCCUGAUUCUCAGAAAAGCCUAGUUCAAGUGUGACUUGGGAUGCUUUCGACAUGCUGUUGGAUCCAGCUCGUCACUCUCUCCCUCUGUACCACAGCAGGCAGGUUCUCCAUCAUGUCAGUCUAGAGGGGCUGGGAGAAGAGCAAGCCACCGACAGGUAGUAGCCAGAUCCCACUGCCUGGAAGUCCCUCUUUUUCAGUCUUUCCCAUUACUUUGGAUUUGACCCCCACGUCUCCUGUAAGGGAAGAAUUCUACAAGCACAACUCGCUGGCCUUCCUCUCCGGGUUACCAUAACUGGAUAAUCUUGGAUCUUUUGGCACUUCUUUCCUGAGUCAGGAUUGCUUUCUUAGAGUUGAUAUUAGAAAGAUGCACUAAACUGAACUUUGUCACUUUUCUCUUACUGAGACUUCCCAACCAAAAAGGCCAGUGUGGUGGCCUUCACCAGCAGUGGGGUACCUAGUAGGAUCUGUCUGUGACUGGAGAACCACUCCCUCUGGAUGUGGGGUCGGGCCAGGACACCAGCUACAAAUUUUAGAAUAUUAUUUCUUGGUUUCUUUAUUAAAACCGGGUGCUAGUGGUAAUUGCCUUGUGGAUUAGUAAACAAGUUGUGGGUGAUUUUCAAACACGCGAAGCUGCUAGCCUUGUUAGGAACACAGAGACCUUGAGUGCAGUACGACCCUUACUCACUGCAGUCUGAGGAUGCCAGAGUGCUCUGCUGGGCCGUGGGGUGGGGAGCUCUAUUGCCUCUUCUUGUGGUAGCCCAAGUUGACACAGUCUGAGCCAGUCCAUUUCCUGAGGCCGAUCUUUCCCUCUCAUCCCCUCUCCUCCUCCUCUUUGGCCUCUUCACAUACUUCUUUUCUUGUAUUCUUCCCUCUGUUAUUCAUUCAUCAAGCAUUUAAGGCCAAGCAGUGUGCUAAAAUCUAAUCUGAGUUCAAGCUCUGGCCCUGUCUCCAGAGAAGCCCAUGACCUUGUUUUGUGUAGACUUGUCUUUUCCCCAGGGGCCUUGCAGCCCAGUGACCUCGGCAUUCACAGACAGCUACUCUCUGCAGAACUCCCGUUCUCAGCAGGGCUGUCUGUGGUGCUGAUUGAUUUGCGUUCACUCAUUCAUUUGUUCAGAUGAGCCAGGCGUUGUACGGAGAGGCAGAGCUGUUGUUGCAAAUCAGACAGGUCCCCCUCCCCAUCCCUUCUGUCCUCCGGGGGAUGUUUAGAUACUUCUAGAGAAGAAGAACAUUGCACCCUUUCCACAUUUAACCCACUGGGACCCUUUAACUAUAAAUUACCACCAUAGGGCAUUUACCUAGUGGUUGGAACGUAGACACCAAAAAGAUUUUAAUCACCUGAUCGCCAGUCCUGCACAGUCCAUAUCCAACUCCAUUUUCAGAGUUAUUUUUAUUGUGAAUAAUUCUCCUCACUUUUCACAUAGGAAGGGUGAAGCCCAAGGAUAGUCAGCGAGUGCCCAGAAAUGACACAGUGAAUUACGAGCAGGGUUGGAACCCCUGUUCCUGUUCACAGUCUCCCCGGAGCCCAUCCCAUGACAUCAAGAUGAAGAUGAAGUUGAGAAAAUCAAAAAAUACACUUUGGAGGAGCUAGCACACUAUCUGGGGGGGAGGGGGGUUAUUUUGCUUUUGUUUAUAUUUUGGUGCUUAGGUUAGCAGAGGAUUUGGUUGCCUUCAUUCGGAGUGGGCCAGUCUGGGCCAUGCUUGAGAACAUCAUCCAUUGUUCUCUUUCCGAGAACAAGUCAGUCCCUUCUACCUGCCCCCACCUGGGAGAGGCUGAUGCAUGAGCUGUAUUUGUGAAAACCUGAUUAAAACAAAACAAAACCUCUUAAGACAAAUAGUGUUGAAAAUGAGUUGGGUGCUACAACAACCAUCGGGAAGAGCCAGUUGUCACCUUCUACUUUUUCUCAUGCUUUAGAUGAGUUCUUCAGUGCACAGGCCAGGUCAGUCCUGUGGGCAGAAGCCCUGGGGCUCUGUCAACGGGACCACUUUGGGCCUCUGUCCUCCCUCCACUCAGUGCCCUGUUAACCAAGGAGACCCUGCAGCAGGCAGCCCUUCUCUGCUUGUUAGGGCUCAUUAAUGGCUGAGCAAAUAUGUGCUAAUUCACGAACCAGUGGUUUGUUUCUAGACCCUUUGUGAAAACCAAUCAAUUACUAGAUUAGUGGAUGUAUGCACAAAAGUCUUGGCUGAGCAGAAAGUCCCUUCUUGGAAAUACGAGCCAUAAAAUUCAGAGGACAUCAAAGACCUUGGCUUGUGUAGGUGAAUUUACUUCCAGCUUGGGAGUAGCCUUGACAAGGAGAGUUUAAGCAGGAGGCCAGAGACCUGCUCGUUAUUAUGUAGGGGAAGGAAAGCACUUCAUAAAUGUUAAGUGGGGGACAAUCAGUGGCCUGGACAUCAUCUUACCCCCAUAAUCCCUCCUGCCUCUACAAGGCUCACCACUGCCACCUCACCCCCAGACUUUUUGAGGUACAACUGACAUACAGUAAAACUCACCCUUUGGAGAUACACAGUUCUGUGAAUUUUGGCAAAUGUGUAGUCAUGUAGCUGCCACCAAGGUCAACAUAGUACUCUCCCAAACCUGCCAGUCCUGAUUGAUUUGUGGACCUUAGAGUUUUGCCUUUUCUAGAAUAGCAUAUAAGCAGAGUCACUCUGGUAUAGCCUUUUGAGUCCGCCUUUUUCUACUCAGCUUAAUGCUUUUGAGUCACUCGUGACAUCGUGUGUGUCUGCAGUCUGUCCCUUGUCAUUGCUGGGGAGUCUUCUGUUGCAUGGGUGUAUCCCUCUGCUUCCUCAUUUUUAACAUGAGUAGUUUGCCCUGGAAGUCCCUGGCCUUGGGCCCAGGGGUGGGGGUGUCUUCAACUUGUUUGCACAACCACCUCCAGCUUGCUCCUUCUCCAAACGCCAGCUGUGCCCACAGGUGGUUCUUGGGGCUCACACUGGCAUUUUUGCCUUGUGUUAGGUUUCUGACAGCACAGAAAACAGCCAGGGAGGGGCAGGGACGGGGCAGGCAAGGACCCGGUUGCUGCUCACUUCUGCGGCAACCCAAAGCUUGGAUCUCCACCAGCAGAUGUCCUCCCUUCCGGAACCUGCACUUCAGACUGCGUGAUUCUGGGCAUUAUGGAGCCUCGGGGGCUGUGAAAGGCAGGUGGAAGUAAUGAAGUGGUGUGGAUGAGAAGUCUGGGCUGGCAGUGGGACUCAGCCUGUCCUGGGUCUGUUGCUUCGUGUGCAAACCGAAGUAUGUGUUCUAGAUGGGGUCCAGGCCUGCACUGACGGCACUUAGCUCCUCCCCUUCUCGAGUCCGGUUUUGUCCCCUAUACUCGGGGUCACACCUGAUCUGGGCCUCCUCUGCACAGCUGUACAUAGAGUUGCCUAAAAUUCUCAGUAAAGAGAUGCCCUGGCACUUCUCCAUUUAGAUUCAAAUGGAGCUGAAAUUAAGAGUUCUCUGAGCUAUUUAGAAUGAGGUAUUCCUCCUAGGACCCCCAAAGAAAGCGUAAGUCAUUACUUCUUGGGUCUCAGCCACUGAUCUUUGGUAUUAUGUCCUGGCCUCUCCUUCCCAGGAGCCAGGACAGGUGUGAAGACAGAGCCACCUCUCACUGGGUCCUUGUCGUUGCUGGAUCCUGGCUCGGCUGGUGGUCAUAGAGAGCCUGGCCUGUGCCUGCACCCCACUGGGUGGUGGCAGAGAUAGGGCCAAACCCAGGUCAGGCCAGGCUAUGGGUGUGCCCCACAGUAAACAUGGCUCCCAUCUGUGUCUUGUUCACACCCUGCUCUGUGAAAGGUGUGCCCUCUCCAGGAGAACUGGAGAUGUUUCUGGGUCCAGGCCAGAGGAUGAUGAGGGCCGGGAAGCCUGAGCCCACAGGGUCCCAGGAGGGGAGCUGAGACUGUGGUGACGGGACUCCUUAGGGUUGGAUCUUUCCAGGGUGGGACUCUCUGUCUCUCCCUCCGCAGAAGUGUGAUUCAUGGUGGGGAUUUGCUGAGAGUCCGGGACCAACUCCUGAUAUCAUGGGUCAGGGUAAGAGUACAACAGAGACCAGAGCCAGCGCUCCCUUUCCGACGACUCUGGGGAUGGGGUGGGGUUGGGAUGAUGACCUUUGGAGACUGCUGUGCAGCAUUCAGGACAUGGGUCCUUUGCAUUUGAGGGAAAUUCCUCAUGGGUGGAACGGGAAAGGUCAAGGCAUGUGGGUGCAUUCUUGGGAACAGUGUGACGUGGAGACCAAGAUGAAAAGCUCGUUGUAGCCAGAUGAAGAGCACAGGACUGGCCCUCCCCUGUGGCCCCUUUGUCACCUCCCCUGUCAGGACUGCUGUACCUUCAUCUGUCAAGCGGGGUCUCGUCCCUCCCAGCAGCACCUACAGGAGACUGGCUUUCUGGGGUUGUGGGUUCCAGGCAGCCACAUGGACCCAGGGACAGACAUUCAAAGGCACACCAACCAUCCUUGGUAACAAGGGCCCCAAAUCAGCAUCUCUUCCCUUCCCUCAGGAAGGAGACGGUCGGAGGCUCCCCCUUCCCAGACAGCACAUCAGCAAACCCUAUGAGAGUGGAAUUUUCUAACAAAAUAAACUUGCUUGUUUGGUCUGUUUUCUGUAACUUUUUGCUAAAUACUUUGUACAUUUUUAAUGUUAAAAAGCUGUGUCUCCUGCCAGCAUUCCUCACCCCGGUAUGAAUGUGUUUACCCCACAUUGUAUAUCCUUCCAUCCCUUGGCUGCCUAGAUCCGUAAAUAAAAUCGAUGUAAUAUAAUUUAUAAAUAACACUGUCAAAAUGCCGAUCCCGAUGGAGGCUGUAACCCACCCCUCCCCCCCACCCGAUCCCACCCCAUAAUAGCAUUUGUGUGUAUUAAUGCUGAAGAAUUAAGUGUUUAAAGAGUUUAAAUUUUGAAGGCGUUUGCUAUAUAUAACUGUCCUGCACUAUUAUAAAGAGUUUUCAGGAAG